CUCACUCCCGUAUAUUGACAUCGCUGUCGUGAAGUUAUCUCUGAACCCUUAAGAUGUUGAGCUCCGGGUGUGUUCAAAAAGUUGCGACGUGAUAGGAGAAGAUUCAAAUUCAAGCUUGGGGCAGGUGUAUGUGGAGUCUGAUGAUGGGUUUCUGGCAGCCGGUGACCAACCUUAGAGAUUAUGUGUCCCAGAAUCCUCCAGGGGUUACAUUUUUCCUGUGUCUGUUGGCUCUAGCUGUCUCCUUUAUCUGCCUCAGCUCUUACACCUACACACACACACUACUGCCUAACCCUGACACAGCAGAGGACUGGAACCAACUACCACUUUCUCAGUUCCAGUUGUGUGUGAAAUCCAACACAAGUUCAUCUGAGCUUGCAUUGCCAGCCCCCCCUGAUCUGCUGGAUAGAGACACUUCAGUUAACUCUACAAAGACUCCCUCUCUCAUCACUCUGCGUGUCAAGGUUCCUCUGACUGUGACUACUAACUCAAACAGUGGCUCUCUGAUAGACCUCGGUUUACUCACUGCCAUGAGAGCCAGUCAGUUACAACUUGGAGGCAAUGAGAUUGUUAAUGUGACUCUAGAGUUUUUGUCUGGAAAUGACACCUACACCUGUCUCACCAUAAGUGCUCCAGCGCACCUCCUGCCCAUGAGUCUAGUUCCUCCAGAGUGCCCUGUGUUUGAGAAAAACAUUUCACCCAUCCAUGUGGAAGCGGGUAACCGGCUGCCUACAGCAUCACAAACCUGCUACCGUCUACACUCAACGAAUGACCCCACACUCACUGUCAUGUUAACUCAGGAGGAGCAGAGUGUGGCAGUGCGACAUCUGUUGCAAGCCAGUGUGUGUCUCCUUGGAGUUUGCUUCAUACUCUGUGUAGCUGCUAGUAUGACACAUUCACCAAUGCGCCGCUACCAUUGGAAUGGAAUGGAUCCGCAAAAUGAGCCCUUGAUUGACACCUGAACAUUUUUCACCCGCUGCAUCCUAAAGAAAUCAGUUGGUGGUGGAGAGAAAAGGGCGACUUGUGUCAUUCCUUUUAAAGGGGCAACCCACCCAUUUUACAUAAGAAACAAGUUUACACGUCAUGGGGAGUAAGUACUAUUCAGCCUAGCAUCUUCUGUAGCUCUGGAGGCAGCUUGUAAAAGAGUGAGAAAUUAACCCUGGUAGUGUCAUUAGGGUUAUCUCUGCUUGGGUUUGAAGACUAGAUAUUUAUGUAGCAUACUGCGAAGUGAAGAUAUUAUAGCGUCCGCUUUAUCAAUUCUGAACAUUUCUAAUAUGUCUCACACAAGUUUCUCAACUUUAUGAAACUGCAAUACUUAAUCAGUGGUGCAUUCCAGUUAUAGGACACUGGAAUAGUAUACAAUAUCCAAGUGAGAAACAUGGAUGUGAUAUAGGAGAUGUAUAAUAUUUAAUGGGACCAUGGUAUAGAUUAAUUAACUCUUCAGAUGGUAAUGCCUCACUCGUACAUUCACUAUCCAAUCCAUUAUGUGCAGUGCGUGCUAUGUUUACUUCAGUUCCCACAUUUGCCAGCUUUACUCUGUUACUUGUGGGAAAUGGGCUAUACAGGUCAUUUGUAUUAUUUGUUUAAUAACAAAGAGUUAAUAGGACACUUACAUUGUGUGCAUGUAAAUUACUAGUGUAAUAAACUGACAUGUCAUCUAGACUCUGAGUAUCUCAGUCUGUCCAGAAGCUAAGAAACCGAUAACUAGUCAAGAAGGUAUCCUGUUUUCAAACACAAUUUUCUAGUACCCAACACCUGUUUUAUUUGUUGUUCGGCCAAAUGAAGAAAAGCUAUUAAUGUAACCCUUAAGACUUGAUUGAUGCACACACAAUACUGGUUAUUAUACGCUUUUGCAGUUACUCAUCUAAAUUACAAUAAAGUCAUGACCUUACAAACUUGGCUAUGUUAUUGAUUGUCCCCUCUUGGCAUCAAUAAAGGGUUAUGUAAGAUAAGAUAAGAUAAUCCUUUAUUAGUCCAGCAGCGGGUACAUUUACAGGAUUUACAGCAGCAUAGAGUAUAGUGCAAAACAAGUAUUAUAAAUAAAUAAGCAGUGAAAACAGUAAAGAAUAUUAAAUAAGUAAAAAAAUAUUAUAUAUACAGACAGAUGUAAUCAGUUUUGUCAACCCAGGACCAGCAAUGGAAUAGGGAGAUCAAACAUAGAGAUCUGAAUUUUGAUCCAUGGUUUAAAUGUUUCUUUAAAAAGACCUGAGCAAUCAAAUAUGCAGUACCUUAUAUAACUGUUUAGCAUUUUCUAAAUAAUAAUUAUUUAGGAUUUUUUAUUGGGGGCUUUCUUCUGGAAGCCAUUGGUUUCUUUUUAAUGCAGUAUGAAAAUCAACUAGCAGAGACUUGAAAUUUGCUUUACAUCUGUUCAGAUUAUCCCAGGUUCAUCAUUGUCAAAGUGACCUUAUUGUGAAGAAAUACAAAAAUCAGAGGAGCCACUGCCAAACGUGUCUG